UGCUCGUUUUGUCAACGAUUCUUUGUGUAUCCUAUGGCCGAAUGGUAUUUUGCAUGGUAUAGGGUGCUGCGAUAUGGUGAAAGAUGGAACAGCUUUAAAUGUAUUUUAUCCUAAAUUAAUUCACGUGACCUGCCUUGCACACGCUUUCCAUCGUGUCGCAGAAAUAAUAAGAUCAGAAUUUCCCGAAGUUGAUUUUUUGAUAUCAACUAUUAAAAAAAUUUUCCUGAAAGCACCCAGUCGUGUACAUAUAUUUAAAGAAAAUUAUCCUCAAACACCUUUUCCUCCAGAGCCGGUGAUAACUCGCUGGGGUACUUGGUUACAAGCUGCUGCAUAUUACUGCGACAAUUUUAGUGUCAUUGAAGAUGUGAUUUCAAAACUCGAAAUAGAUGCCGUUUCAGUAAAAAAUGCAAAAAAGUUAAUUAAAAGUACCUCAUUAAAAAAUAAUUUAGUAUACAUAUCCUCCAAUACUACAUUCCUUGCCAAUUCUAUUACGAAACUUGAAACUCAAAACUUGUCCCUGGCUGAUAACCUGGGCAUUGUCUCCGACACCGUCAAAAAAUUAAAAGAAUCCCCUGGGCAGGUUGGAAUAAAAAUUAAGAAUAAAGUUGAGCAAGUACUUAGUAAGAACUCUGGUUUAAAGACAGUUGAAACUAUUGCAAACAUUCUCAAUGGCAGUGAUACGCAAACUUCUUUUGAAUUUAGUCUUGCUGAUUUAGGGGCUUUUAAAUUUUCUCCUAUUUCUUCCGUCAACGUGGAAAGAUCUUUUAGCAGCCACAAAAUCAUACAUCGUUCUAAUCGACGUCAAUUUACCUUAACAACCUAAAGAAGUAAAUGAUUGUCUAUUGCUUUGUUGACGACGAAGAUCCUAGCUAAUAUUUGAUUGGAAUGUAUUUUUUAGGUACAUAUUAUUAUAUUUUGU